AUGUCGCUUCCGCUGCUGCUUGGGCUGCUAGCGGUCGAGGCGGCGUAUGCCACCCGCCGGGCGCAGGUGUUAGGGCGGGCCAAUGCAUCCGUGUGGCCGGAAGAUGUGGUGUACUUGCAGACGCCUUUGAAGAACUUCCUUUCUGGUUUCAGUCGGUGCGCUUGCUUCAUCAUGACCAUUGUGACCUUGCAGACGGUUGCCUUCGUCCUUUUGCAGAAGCAGGCGGCCUCGGAGGUCAAAGUGUGGCUCGUGGUCACUUUCCCCUUCGUCUUCGCAGUCCUUGGACUUCUACGAUUGACUAACCUCCUCUGCAAGAAGCAGCUGAGCCAUUCAUGCCUGCAGCAGGGCAUUUUUAUCACAACGACCCCUUCCCAAAAUCUGGACAUCGUCCUGCUGAUCGCUUUCGUCGCCUAUGCCUUUGGGCUGCUUCAAGAUGCCCAGAACCUCGCAGCCGCCGGUUUAGUGCUCAUGGCCUUAGCAGGUCCAGCCUCCACUUUGCUGAAUGCGCUCAUGAACGCAAGGGAGGUGGAGUCGGAGAUGGAGAGGGUGCACACAAACUUGGCGAAGCUCCGGUCCGAGGAGUUGCCCAAGAUCCGGCAAAUGACCUGGCCGACGGCUGUCGCGACCGGGCGCGCUGGUUUGGACUUCAUGGAGCAGAUUGACACCGGUAGUGCAUCCGACUUCGCUUUGUUUUGGGACCUCGCCUGGCAUCGACGUGUGGUCUUGCAACUAACGGGAUCUUACGGAGGCUUCCUGAUCUUGCCCGGGUUUGGCCUCUUGAUCGCGUUCUUUGCCGCCGUAACCGGACUACAGGUGGCGAGCUACACCUGCUCGUGCGCGGAGCUUUCGGGCCUCGACUUGGCCAGUUCGUUGCACAGCCUGAAAUUCGAGCCCUGGCAGGCCAACUAUGCGAUUGACAUCGACGUGUCGUUUAAGCGGGCUGCACUCAUCGCGUCUGCUGAUGCGCCAUCUACGCAAUGGGUGUCCGCACAACAGCCGGCAGACCUGGCCGGCCAAGCGUCAGUCGUUAGCACAGACAUUGAAGACGACACCGGCGCAGCCGUCACGGAAGUGAAGUUGUCAGAUGCACAGCUCCAUCCUAGAGUGGCCACGGUGCGAGUUCAGGGGCUUCGCCCCUCACUGCCUCCCACAGCCUACAGUUUGCGCUUCUCUCCGUUGCAGACGAUGCCAUCACAGAUUCACAUCAGCAGCGUUCGCUUCAACAGGACCACGGCAUGGUCGACCCUACCUGGAUCAAGGAUCAGCCUGCCCGAGGAUGUAGAAACAUUCAACGUUACGGUAGCCUUGACGGAUUUCUUCCUAGGGCUCCCCGUCAGCCGAAAUGACACACCACCAGACAUUGACGAGUGGACCGUGUUUGCUCGGGUAGAUUCCUGCGAAGAAGCAUGCUCGCACGACAUGAACUGCCUCAUGCAUUUUCCUGCACGCGUCGGCUGCUUCAUGGCCUACAACGACCACCGCGCGCGAGAAUCGGGCCAGGUUUCUCCCCUUUUGGAAGCGGCGGGGGCGCGGUCCCUGAGUGCCGUUCUGACCGGCUGCCAGAUCAAGGCGAACGGAACGUGCGGCUUCAGCCACGCCACACAGCGGGUCCUACGAUUCGAAAAUGUCCGGCCAGAUUGGACUCACAAGGAAGGGAGCCUGGACUUCGCCUUGGCACUGGAGGUCGGCGAGCAGAGGUUUGAUGCCGUGACAGCAACAGUCCAGCUACAUCGUGGCAUCCCUGAUGCUUCCGAUGUGAUCAGCCAGGUGCUUAUAGAGUCCGGUGGCAUGCCUGACGCGGACAGCACUAUGAAGACACUGAGCAACACUGCUUUCGUCGACUCCGAGGGAGACCUCGUCAUCCAAAUUUCCAAGUACGACCCCACGCAAUUGCUGUCCAUGCACUUGGUGGUCAUGCCGGUCAUAGCAGAUUUGAAGUUUCAAUUUACUUGGACUUGUGCAUCUGCAGAAAAUUUCACCAAGAUGGACGAAGCGACGUUCAGUCGCGCUCGCAGGUGCAAAGAAAGCGGCCUCCUGCAAGAGCGAUACAAGAUCUGCGGACGCCACGGGCCGAUGUCUGAUCGGCCCCUGAAGGUGAAGCUCUCGGCCUGGACCGGCCAAGCAGAGGACCCACCGCGCUUCAACGUGGAGCCGCGCUAUUCUGGUGAGCUGUGGCCGUCUGCGCCACUGCGCCGGGUCCGAACCGAGUUCCACGGAGUCGAUUCGCCCGCAGCUUGGGCGGUGGAAGCGCAUGGCUGCCAGAUUUUGUGGCAGAAUCGGAGUGGUGAGAUGCAGAUGAACGCAGUUCUGUCUUCAGCUGAUGCCCUACGCCUCUUGCUGAAGCUAGGUUGCGAGAACUCCACGGCUCUCUGCAAGCUCAUUGACGACCAAGCCUUGGGCGGCGCAUCUGCCUUCUCAUGGGGCUCCGGUACCCACAGCGUUGCGCCCCUGUUGGCGCCUGGCGCUAUUGUAAAGGUGCUGGUCUCUCUUCUGCAGUUUGGGGCAUGCACCAACUUCGAAUACCUCUUCAAUUACGACAGCGAAGAACUCGGCAUUAACAGGCAUUCUGCUAAGAUCCCUAUCAAUGUGUUCCUGACACAGUUGAUGGGACAAGGCGCAGAUGGCGCGGAGUUUCUGUCACGUGUUCAGAGACGGAUGCCAGAGGAUGAAGCGGAACGAUUUCGAAAGGACGUGUCGACACAGGUGUGGCAGGUGGCAUCUCCAUCUGUAAAAGUGCUGAAAGGUGUGGCCAGUUUGGGCGAGCCCGAAGAAAUGCUGGAAGCUUUCGCAACUUGCCACAGCCAGGUACUGAGCGAAAUCAGCGACUUGGAACUACAAGACUUGCAAGCUGCGUUUGCAGAUGUGGAUGAAGUUCUGUUCAGCCUCCGGGACGCCGUCCAAGUGGGCCGGGCGGGCGUUGCGCUGAGCCUUGCAACACAAGUUUCAACAGUGCGGUUGUUGUGCGACCGCUGCGCCCCUGUAGCUAAAGAGGCCGCAGUGGAUUAUUGGCAGGAGCUCUUUCAGGGCUUUCCACGAUUGCAACAGUUGAAGCGUUUGUUCAUCGAGCACUUCACGAUGAAGGGCGCUGCGCUCGGUGACUCUCUGGUCUUCAAAGCUUUGUCUGGUUUGGACAUCGUCUGGCUUCAUUUCGUGGAGUUGAGCCACGAUGUUGCGAAGCAGCUGAUGCAGGCCUUGGGGCAGGCCUCCUCCCUGCGGAGGUUAUCGGUUAAAUUCGUCUCUGGGCUGGGUGCCGCCUUCCCGGCAGCGAUGCCCGACCUGUCGCGCUUGGAGUGGUUCAAAUAUUCUGGCGGGCCCCGGGUCGAUGCCCAGGGGGUGCUUCGGUGCUUCGAGGCCAACCCGCCUAGAGGGCUGCGGGUAUUCCAUUUCAAAGAGACACCGGGCUGGCCAGGGAAAGGCAAAGCGAUCUUCGGGCUUCUGCAGCAGAUGCCUGACCUGGCAAUGGCACAUCUGCAAGCGAAUGAGCUGGGCACCGAAGACCUGAGGCCAGUGCUGGAGAAUACGACGUUUCCACCGAAGCUGAGAACAAUUUUGCUGAAAUCCAACGGCCUGAGCACCGAGACAGCAGGGUUGAUUCGGAAGGCACGUGCGAAGAAGAAAGAGCCGAAGACGGAGAAGGCGAAGAAGAAGGUCAGUGAGGAGGGCGGCGGCGAAGCAGAACAGGAGGAGCGCUCCUCUUUGGUGCUACGCGAGCGUGUGAAGGUGGAGUGGAAGCGCAAAGCUCAGGAGAAGCUGAAGAAGCCAGAACCGGCAAAGGAGAAAGCAAAGGAGCGUCCGAAGGAGAGGGAGAAGAAGGAAGAACGUGGCAAGGAGAAGGACAAGAAGAAGGAGAGCAAGGAGAAGCGAUCGGAGCGUCGGCGCUCCUCGACUCCGCCGCGGUCCAAGCGGAGUCCUCCACGGAGAAGAUCUCGGUCGCCGGCGAAGAGGCAAAGCACGCCGCCACGGCGACGAGCGAAGAGCCGUUCCCGCAGCCGCAGCCGGCGCGCUAGUCUCCCCGCGCGUUCGCGCAGCCGGCGCCGGAGCCCACGGCCGCGGAGGUCCAAGCAGCGCAGUCCCAAGGCUCCGAAAUCCCCGGCCCGCAGCCCGAGCCGGCGGCGGAAAGCGCGGAGCCGAAGUCACCGGAAGCCAGCACGUCGCAGCAGGCGGCGCAGCUCCGAGAAUGCUGGGAAGAGGUUGAGCAGGAAGCGCUCCUCUUCCUCGCGAAAAAGGAAGAAGGCGCGGCGAGGCUCCAGCGCAUCUGCGCCCCAGAAGACGGUGGCCCCUCCGCCUGCGCCGGCGCAG